CUCGCGAGAACUCAGCGGCGCCGCAAUGGCGAGACCAUGCCGCGUCACUGCUCCGCCGCCGGCUGCUGCACACGAGACACGCGCGAGACGCGCAAUCGCGGCAUCUCUUUCCACAGGCUUCCCAAGAAAGACAACCCGAGGCGGGGUUUGUGGCUGGCCAACUGCCAGCGACUGGACCCCAGCGGGCAGGGCCUGUGGGACCCAGCGUCCGAGUACAUCUACUUCUGCUCCAAGCACUUCGAGGAGAACUGCUUUGAAUUGGUGGGAAUAAGUGGGUAUCACAGGCUGAAGGAAGGAGCGGUUCCCACCAUAUUUGAGUCUUUCUCGAAGUUGCGCCGGACCAAGACCAAGGGGCACGGUUACCCGCCCGGCCCCCCAGACGUCAGCCGGCUCCGGCGAUGCAGGAAGCGCUGCCCUGAGGGCCGAGGGCCCACCACUCCCUUUUCCCCGCCUCCACCUGCCGACGUCGUCUGCUUUCCUGUGGAAGAGGCCUCGGCACCUGCUGCUUUGUCUGCCUCCCCAGCCGGGAGGCUGGAGCCUGGCCUCGGCAGCCCUUUCUCCGAUCUUCUGGGGCCCUUGGGCGCCCAGGCAGAUGAAGCAGGCUGCAGUGCCCAGCCCUCCCCAGAGCGCCAGCCAUCCCCCCUGGAGCCGCGGCCCGUCUCGCCCUCUGCCUACAUGCUGCGCCUCCCGCCGCCUGCGGGCGCCUACAUACAGAACGAGCACAGCUACCAAGUGGGCAGCGCCCUGCUCUGGAAGCGGCGGGCCGAGGCCGCCCUCGACGCCCUGGACAAGGCCCAGCGCCAGCUGCAGGCGUGCAAGCGGCGGGAGCAGCGGCUGCGGCUACGGCUGACCAAGCUGCAGCAGGAGCGGGCGCGGGAGAAGCGGGCCCAGGCCGACGCCCGGCAGACCCUGAAGGAGCAUGUGCAGGACUUUGCCUUGCAGCUGAGCAGCAGCAUGGCCUGAGGGAGCCGUCCGGCAGCGCUCGGCUUUGCAGCCGAGCAGCAGCAUGGCCCGAGGGAGCCAUCCGGCAGCGCUCGGCCUGAGAAUCCACCUGAAGAGGGAGCUGCCCUGAGCUGUGUCCGCAACAAUAAAGGGGAUCCCAGAAAGCCCUGCUGUCUGGCUCAGCUGAGGGCUGGGGCCCUGCCCCCUGGGUGCCACAUCCAUCUCCCCCGCCGACUGGUUAUGGCCCCCCAGAGGGCUCGGCCCUGCAGAGGCCGGCCGAGGGCCGCCUCACUCGGGCCAUUGCCGAACUUGCUGUGCCUCCAGGUGAGCACCCCUCUCCUAAGGCCGUCCACCCACGGACCACAUGUGGGGCUCAUCGGUCGGGCCGGAGGAGUGGCAGGCCCUGUGUGUACCCUGGGGACACAACCCAAGGCAGGAAACGUGCUUUAAAGCUCAGAGAGAGAGAGACUGUUUCUCCCUCCGCGUGGCUUCCCAGCAGCCUGGACACAACUGUUCCCGGAAGGGAGGCAGAACGGUCCUUACCCACUGGGAUGGACACAGGACGGAAGAAGGCUUGGCCUGGCCCCACCCAGGCAUGAGCCUCCAGGCAGCCAGCAAGGGGCCAGAAGGGGGAGGCCAGAGGCCAGCCUUCAUUCCUCCCUGCAGGGUGGGUAGCGUCUGGAAUGAACAGAGCACCACAUGAGGCUGGCUUCUUCUGAGCCCUCAGGCCUCCUGGCCUGGCCUCGCCUCAGGAGGACUGGGGCUGGAGCCGCAGUGGGGACUGCGUGGCGAGCUGUGGGUGCAGGUAGCACUGCUGUGGCUUUAAUGGAGGCAAACCUAUUGACAAUAAAUAGUCGGUAACAGG